AGAAGAGUCAUGAAAUGUCUCUGAACUUGUUCUGUCGGUGACCUGAUUUUGAAGCUUGAGACGGACUGCAAAACAAUGGGAAGGAUCAGCUUACUUUCUUGACCAAAUGUUUCAUGCAAACUGAAAAUUGUUAACUUCACUGCAGCUGAACUGGUCACACAGCUACAUUCUGAUCAUAAGGCAUCUGCGGCGUAGCUGAGCACAAAGUGCGACCUAACAAGUCCGAGUUGGAGGACAUCUUUUUGGAAUAUUGGAACAGAUGUCUGCAUAGUGGCACCAUAACUGAAGAUUUUAUGAUGCUCUGGUUGGCUCUCCUUUUCUGUUUUACAUCUCAUGCUGCAAAUCAACUUCCGAAAAACCAACAGUUGCUCAUUACAAUCGAUCCUUCCCAACUUAUCUGCAGUGCGCCUGGUCCUCCUGGGGCUCCUGGUCCUCCAGGAUAUCCUGGCCAAUCAGGGACAGUCGGAAGAAUGGGGAUUCCUGGGAAAGAUGGGGCAGAAGGGAAAGAUGGCCCUAAAGGCCAAAAAGGAGAACAAGGUGACAGAGGAAAACCAGGAAUAGCUGGAAAGCCUGGUAUUAAAGGCAUACCGGGAGCUAUUGGCAAAGCAGGCCCCCGAGGACCAAGGGGUUUUAGAGGGGCUCGAGGUAAUUCAGGAACUAAUGGACCAAAAGGCACUAAUGGAAUCAAUGGUGAACCAGGUUUGCCUGGAAUCUGCAAAUGUGGCACAAAUACUGCAAGAUCUGCCUUCUCUGUGGCCAUCACCUACAGCUACCCAAAGGAACGUAUGCCCAUCAAAUUCGACAAAAUCCUUUUGAACGAAGGAGGACAUUAUAAUGUUUCCAGUGGCAAAUUUGUAUGUGGUAUACCUGGUAUUUACUACUUCUCCUAUGAUAUUACCCUGGCAAACAAGCACCUUGCUAUUGGGUUGGUGCACAAUGGGCAAUAUCGUGUUAAAACCUUUGAUGCAAACACUGGGAACUAUGAUGUAGCCUCUGGUUCAACUAUUAUGUACCUGAAACGUGAAGAUGAAGUUUGGCUGCAGAUAUUCUAUUCGGAACAGAAUGGUCUGUAUUUUGAUCCGCACAGGGCAGACAGUUUAUUCACUGGCUUUAUGAUUUAUGUUGAUCAGGACUACGUGAAUGAACUUGAAGAAGAGCAAAUUCUCUAGACAACGAAACUUUGUGUUCUAAAAUAUACAUUUUCGUAGAUGCUGCAAUAGAGGCUAUCCAACCAUGUAAAUCCUGAUUGGGAUAUUUAAAAUCAGUGAUUUUAAUGUGCAACCUAACAAGACAAUACCUCCUUUAAAAUAGCAAACAGAAGAAUGUCACAGGGAACCAGCAAGAUUUUUUUAAAAUCUGUUUUUCAAGUGUGAAUGACAACACUAUAGAUUAACAUUUAUUACCAACCCUAGUUAUCCCUAAAUGCUUAUAGUGGGAUUUGUCUAAGUGCCUUCAAAGCUCACUGGUUUGCUGAUGCACUUUGAGGGAAUGAGCCAGCCACAUAACGCUGACUUAAGGCACUUUACACCAAAUGAGGUCAGCAACCUUCCUUCACCUGAAUGAACCAAUUAAUAUUACAAUAUUCC